AUGCUGGCCACUGGAACGAACAUCAUGCACCCGAGCUUUUCCACCGCCUCACUCUAUGUGGGGGAUCUAAACGAGGAUGUGACAGAGGCAGUCCUGUACGAAAUUUUCAACACCGUUGGACAUGUGUCAUCCAUAAGAGUAUGUCGAGACAGCGUGACAAGGAAAUCGUUGGGUUACGCAUAUGUGAAUUACCACAACUUAGCUGACGCGGAAAGAGCAUUGGACACGUUAAACUAUACAAACAUAAAAGGACAUCCAGCAAGACUCAUGUGGAGUCAUAGAGAUCCAUCCUUACGAAAAAGUGGUGCAGGGAAUAUCUUCGUGAAGAAUCUAGACAAAUCUAUAGAUAAUAAGGCCCUAUUUGAUACCUUCAGUAUGUUUGGAAAUAUCCUCUCAUGUAAGGUUGCCACGGAUGAGUUCGGAAAGAGUAAGAGCUAUGGGUUUGUUCAUUAUGAAGAUGAGGAGAGUGCAAAGGAAGCAAUCGAAAAGGUUAAUGGUAUUCAGUUAGGAUCGAAGAACGUGUAUGUUGGUCAUUUUAUAAAAAAAUCCGAGAGAGCUACAAACGAUACCAAGUUUACAAACCUGUAUGUGAAAAAUUUCCCAGAUAGUGUUACUGAGACACACCUGAAGCAGCUGUUUAGUCCGUAUGGAGAAAUCACAUCUAUGAUCGUGAAGACGGAUAAUAAGAAUAGGAAGUUUUGUUUUAUCAAUUAUGCCGAUUCGGAGAGUGCAAAGAAUGCUAUGGAAAAUCUGAAUGGCAAGAAGAUUACGGAUGAUGGGCAGAUUGAUCCUACUUACGAUGCAAAGAAGGAAGAAGGAGAGGGGGUCAGUGGAAGGGGAAGUACAAGCAACGGGGCAAGCGGCGGAGCUGCUGGAAGCGGAAGUGCUGAGGCCACCCCCAGCGGAGGUGAAGGCGCUAAAGGAGAAACAGCCGAUGCGAAAGGCGAAAACAAAGAUGCCCCUGCUGGUGAUACUGGAAAAAGUGGAGAAGAAACCCAAGGGGCAGCCACAACCACCGCGGAAGCCUCCGAAUCGGCCAAGGGAAAGGAAGGUAGCAGUGGCGUAUCGGAUGAUAAGGCUAAUGCAGAAUCAGGGGCCACUUCGACAGACGCAGCUGCCAACGGGAAGGAUGACACAGCAAGUGGUAGUGCAGCCAAUGCAGCAAAUGGAGCAAAUGCGGCCGCUCAAGGGGGAAGCCCAACUGGAAGUAAUAAAAAGGAAAGUGGUCCAGAGAACGCAGACAGCCCUAACAUUCUAUAUGUGGGCCCUCAUCAGUCGAGGGCCAGAAGACAUGCCAUUCUGAAAGCCAAAUUCGACAACCUCAACAUGGAGAAUAAAAACAAACACCAGGGUGUAAAUCUGUAUAUAAAAAAUUUGGACGAUGCGAUUGACGAUCAGACGUUGAAAGAGCUGUUUGAACCGUACGGCACAAUCACAUCAGCAAAGGUCAUGAGAGACGAUAAGGAACAAAGCAAAGGGUUCGGUUUUGUAUGCUUCGCCCAACAAGAAGAAGCAAAUAAAGCAGUGACAGAAAUGCACCUGAAGAUUAUUAAUGGAAAGCCCCUAUACGUUGGUCUGGCUGAGAAAAGAGAACAAAGAUUGUCUCGACUACAACAACGAUUCCGCAUGCACCCCAUAAGGCACCACAUGAAUAAUGCAUUAAAUUCACCCAUGCAGUAUCCAAAUCCACAAUCCCCUCAGUUGCAAUUUAAUCAGAACACAUUAAAUUAUGGCAGACCAGUUUUGACUCCAUUUAAUCAGAAUAAUCUCAUUUCUUGGAGACAUCAACAAGCGGCACAACAACAAGUGGUUCACCAGCAGGCAGCUCAGCAGCAGCUAAAUUUCAAUGCAAAUUUGAGAGGACAAAUGAACCAAAUGAGAUUCUACGCACAAGGAGCAGGCAAUAUGAUGAAUAAUAGUAUGAAUCAGAAUAAGGUAAACUCGCAACUCCAUCCCGGACACCAAUAUCCGAAUGCAUUAGGACAAGCAACUCCACAGCAACCGAAUUUAAAUGCACCAGGACAGCACAAUAAUCAGCCUAUGCAACAGCAGCCUGGAGGCAGCCAAAUGCUGAACAAUAAUAUGAGGAAUAUGAACGGCAGAGCGAGCAGAAAUAUGGCAGGAGCAAAUGUGGGAGGAGCGAAUAUGGGGAACAUACCGAAUCAGAAACAGCUACCCAUCAACAUGGUAGGAAAACAGAACAGUUCCCAGUCCAAUCAGAUGAAUCACCAGGGACCACCUCCACCACAGCAACAACAGACGCCGCAGCAACCGCAACAACAGACGCAACAGCAGACACAACAGAAGACGCCUCAACAAAUGCAACAACAGGUACCUCCAAAUGGAAACUUUAAAUUCACAUCACAAGCAAGAAACCGUAUGGAGAUGCCAAACAAAAAUGCAAAUAAAGUUAACCCAAUUAAUAAUAUGAACGUGAACUUUAAUAAUAACUCCACUUUAACCGCUGCUGCGCUGGCGUCUGCGCCUCCCUCCAUGCAGAAACAAGUUUUGGGAGAAAAUUUAUUCCCCCUCGUUGCAAACUACCACCCGACGCUAGCUGGAAAAAUUACGGGAAUGAUGUUGGAGAUGGACAACUCCGAGCUGCUAAUCCUGCUGGAAAAUGAGGAGCAGCUGAAGAAGAAAAUUGACGAGGCGCUUGUCGUGCUGCAGAAGGCCAAAUAG